CUCCAUACUACCUGUCUCCUUUUAGUCGUGGUAUCUUUUCUUGUUGGAUAGGAAGCAUCGGUGCUGCGAUCGUGCUGCAGUCGACUUCGAAACUGUGAAACAGCUUAAUCCCCCUCGGUGCCUUCUACUUCCCCCCCUUGCCGAUAUCUCCAUCAGGACUUGCAGAUGCCAAUUUACCAAUCAUAACAUAAACCCGUCCGUUUCUCCUUGGAUCUCGUGGUUGAUGCUUGGAACUGCAUGACAGCGUCAAUUUUCUUACCUAACCAGUUGUCAUACUAUAUUCGGAAUAAGAACGAAAAAUGCCCGCCAUCCCACCCUCUCCCCUGAGCAUAUCUCACCGCCACAAUCGCAGUCGAUCCUCGAACCUCGACCUCGACUCCCCCAUCUCCCCCGGUGUCUACACCUCCAAUGGGUUCUCACACAGUCCCCUCCAAUCCCCUCGUCAUCAGAACCACCUCUCUCACACCAUGAACGGAUCCCAGCGAAUGUCCGGCGACUUCGGCGACGCCGCUGACGCCGCCGCCGGCGGCGAUGGUGGGGGAGGAGGAGGGCUGGGCAAUCUGGCCGACGAGCUAGCCGACGCCUGGGAAGCCGAAGAGAGCGGCUACGGAUACGUCUCGGGCCAGGAGAUGGAGAACAUUCCCGCGGAUCAUCACCAUCAUCAUACCCAGCAUGCGGCAGCGACCAGCGACUCUGAAGAUGGCUACCACAUGGUCGGCGCCAGGACCCCCUCCUCCGGCUACGACUCCGAACGAGGCUCCCUGCAGCCCCCAAAGCCUAAAACCCGCAACGGCGGCCCCGCCUCCCACCGACAGCAUCGUCGCCAUGAGUCGCACUACGAUGGCUCCGACUACGGCAAUGACUCUGACCUCGACGAGUCCGCGGAUAUCUCGCCUGGUUUGGAGAGCCAGAUGGCGGAGGUGGAGAGCCUCGCUCGGAGGGGCCUCGAGAAUAACGGGAGUGAGAAUGACCAUGUCAUUGCUCGGGCUGUGACAGCGUUGCAGGAUCUUGGAGGCCAGAGCGGGGUGGAAAAUAACGCCAUGAGACUCAUCACAGCACACUCCUCCAUCACCUCACAUCUCACCCACCAAACCCGCGCCCUCCAAACCCUAACCCACCCCCUCCUAUUCUCCCCCUUUCCACUCCUCUCCGCCGACGCAAUCGACGCCCUCAUCCCCCUGAUCGACGACGAACUCCUCCCCACCCUCCCCUACCCCUUUCCCGCCGACCAGAACCGCCCUCCCGCCCCUCCAGCACCACAACCACCACCACCAUAUCCUCCCGCCCAACCACCCCCGCGCUCAACCCCCUCCCUAAGCGACACCCUCUACGAAUCCCGCCAGCUAACAGCGACCGCCUCGCGCCGGCUGCGUUCCGCGCGCGAACUCGUCGCCGACCUCCGCCGCGAGGACGAAGCCCGCGAGGAGGGAACCCGCUGGAUCGAAAAGGGCGACUGGGACAGCCGUAUCCGCGAGCGCACUGCCGGCAGGGAGUGCGGAGACGUCGUCAGUGGCUUUGAGGCUGUUUGUGGCGAGUGGAGGGAGAGGUUGUUUGGGGCUGCUGCUGCUGGCGGGGAGGUUGCUGCUGCUUAACUGGUCCAUUUCUCUCUCUUUCUCUCUCUCUCUUUGGCCCUAGCGCUUUCUUUCACUGUUAUUGGUCAAAAGUUGGAACCGAGUUUCAACCGUUUGUCUGUCUACCUGCCCGUCUGUAUAUGUGAGGUUGAUAUUGGCUUUUUUUUCACCCUUACAUACUACAUACUAUACUACACUACAUCUAUACAUACAUAGUACAUACCCCUUUAAUUUGUCUUUUCAUCGUGUCUCUUCAGUUUGUCCGUGUUUGUAACUCUCAUUUAUCGUUUCUUUUUUGCACGUUUCUUGUGCUUCUGCUUUUCUUUCUGUUGGUAUAUACUACAUCUCAUACUCAUCUAGAUAGACUUCU